CUGAUCGUAUCAUGAGUGAGGGCCUGAAUGGGACCAUGAUGACGGAGCGGCCAUGGUCUGAGGCAGAGAGGUGGCUGCUGGUGGCUGUGCUGGGACUGGAGAUGACCAUGGGAAUUGUGGGAAACUGUCUGGUUCUGCUGGUCAAAGUCAUGUGCAGGGACCAGUUCUCCUGUCGUUACUGGCUUCCCUUCCUCAGUCUCACCCUGUCAGAUUUAGGCUGCUCCCUCCUUAUUAUCUCCGGCUCACUGGUGGCCAUCUUGACUGGAGGUCAGAGUUCACCGUGGUGUGAGGUCGUCAGCCUGCUUAAAUUUGCCUUCAUCACCUCCUCUUUAGGAAGCAUAGCUAUUCUUUGUGUGCAACGACUGAUCAGCAUGGCCUCCACAGGAAGUGUUCUCUUUGUUGUCAUGGUGACAGCCUGCUUGGCUUCUUGGGUGACAGGGCUGGUGUUUGGGAGCGUCCCGGUGGUCUACGCCUGGAUCAGGUUUGACCCUGCAGAGAUGCUGUGUGCUGUCUUCUGGGAGAACAGCUACUCAGACAUGUUGCUCUACAUCCUCUGUGCCUUCUCCCUCUGUAUCUUCCUCCCCUGCAUCCUCAUCUUCUUCUGCUCUCUUCUACUGACUGCCACCAGCUGUCGCUCCACCUGCAACAGUGAUGAUGAUGCAGCAGAUCUGUCUUCAGUCAGUCCUCUGCUGGUGUCUUUCUACAUGCUCUGCUACACUCCCUUCUUUGUGUCUGAGCUGAUCCUGCUGGGCAGGAAGGACCUGUCCCCAGCACCUGAUUGGUUAAGGACACUGUCUUCAGUGAUGUCAUACCUGGACUGUGGUCUGAACCCUCUUAUUUACUGCUCCCAUCAGGACUUUCGGGAGGCAGGCCUAGCUCUGCUGUGGACCAAUAGGAAGCCAUCAUCAGAGCCCGUCCUCACAUCUAUCACCAAACGUGUAAAUGUGUUCCAGACAUUUCAUCUACCUAACAAUGAUGUUUAAGUUUUCAGGGAAAUUAAAUAAGUUAUUUGUUAUCCUUAAAAUAUGUGCUAUCAAGUUAUUUGUAUUUUAUUAGUUUGAAUGUGUUGUAAAUAUAGAAAAAAAAGACAACUUUCUAUUAAUUUAUAAAUCAAUAUGAUCCUGUAGAAACUGUUUUCCCUCUGUUUGUAAAACAAGGGUGUACAAUCCGAUGUUCUUUAUGUGGAUUGUACGAAGGGAGGAUCCUUUAUUUAUCAUAUCUUCUUUAUAGGUCCAAAAUUAACGUUCCACUCUGUUGCCUACAUGGACAGGGACAGGUACAGGAAAACAUUCCUGCCCACUGCAAUAACACUGUACAAUAAUUCCCCCCUGACAACUCACUGCUCCAUAGCCCCUCUGUUAACUUGCACACUUUACACUUAACAUUGUACAUUGUACAUUAUAUUUUCAUUUAAUAUUCCAUUUCAUUGCACUGUUUUAUCAGUAUAUUUCUUAAUUUUAUUAUGUUGUAUUUUGCUUCUGUAACAAAAAAGAUUCCCAGUUUGGGAUGAAUAAAGUAUUUCUGAUGCUGAAACACACAGCAGGAGCAAGUAGGCCACUAGCUGUUUACUUUAUUCUCUGCUGCUCAAAUCACUGUCUGUUAGCAAGCUAUCUAA